CACCUCACGGGGCACAAGGCACACCCAGGCCUGACAGAGUCCUGAUGGCCCAGGGCUCUUGUGGCCCUGUAGCUUUGGGAAGGAGCAUUGAGUGCUGGUGCUGGCUCUGCCUGAACACCCAGAGAGCCACCCUGUGCACGCCUUAGCCACACGGAGGGUUGGUUUUGAUGGGGCAGGAGCAGUGCAAGUGUCCCUUUAGAGAGCUGGCUGCUCUGUGGUGUACAGGCAUGGGCCAAGGAGAAGGGGGACCAGGCGCUCACUGAGGGGCUGGAGACCUGGAACUUGGUAAUGGUGCUCUGGUGAGAGACACCGGACUAUUCAGAGGACAGGGUUUGAGUGUCGUGGUUGGGGUAGAGCAGUGCCAGACAUGGGACAGAGCCCCAGAGGAGCCUGGGCACUGGGAGGAACGAGGCUGAGUCAGGCGCUGUGGCCUCCCUUGUGUACCAGUGGACCCCAGGCUGUCAGUGCUGUGGGUGUGAAUGUUGUGGAACCUGGAGGUGUCCCAGAGGGACGAUGAUUUGGCAGGAAAGCCACGUGGAUUGGUGCAGGUGGCCUGCUCCUUUUACUUUAAGCUUGGGAAGCAGAGCAGAGUUUGGAUGGAGGUCAAAGUGUUGUUUCAGAUGGUCAGAGGGUACCCUUGGGGGAGGGGAAAUAUUGGUGGGACAAGUUUCUGGAGGGACUGUCAGGACGGGAGGAGACACCCUCUGCCCAAGCCAUGCUCUCUGAACCAACAGGAACUGUGAGGUUGCUGUGUGGAGCUCCAGCCCAGGGCUCACAGUCCCGUGGGAGAGAGACUACCCUAGUGGCCCUGGUUGUGGAUAGUAGGAAAAGAAGCCAGUGCCUGUGGGAUGCCCAGCGUGGCCGUGUGCUCUAAUUUGAGACCCAGUAAGCUGAUUCUUUGGGACUUGGAACUUUAUAUUUUACGGCCAUGGUUGGGUGUCCUCGGGAAGCAGAGCAGAGACACUAUGCCUCCCUUUGGCAGUGCUGGUGGUCCGUGGCCUUGCCGUGAUGGUGUGCUGUGCCGGCCAUGGUGGGGAGUGUCCUCGGUAUGCCUUUGCUGUGUGCACACCUUUAGUGAAACGUCUGCCUGUUUUCUAGCAGGGUGGUGGAAUCAGAAGAGUUCUGUGUACCACAUACCAGUCCUUUGUUGGGGUGUGACCUGCAGACACCUCCCAGUGCAUAUCUCGUCUUUACACCCUCACAGGGUGUUUCUAGAGCAGGAGUUUUAAUUUUGAUGAGCUGCAAUGAUCAGUUUUACUGUUUAUGGCUCAGGCUUUUAGUGUCAAGUCUAACAAUUCUGUCUAGACCAUGAUCUUAAAGAUUCCUUCCCUUUUUUAAAGUGUAAGUUCAUUUUGAGUUGGCUUUGUGUGAGGUCUGAUGCUCAGGUCAAGGUUUUGUGCAUUAUGUUCUGUCUGUCUUUUCAAGUUUGUUUCACCUACUUGAGGACCAGUGCCUUUCGCAUAGUUCUUAAAGUAAGUUUGUGCCUACAGAAGCUGUGCUGGGACUUUGAUAGGAGUUGGGGAAACCUGAAGGUCAUUUUGAGAGAACUGACAUCUUUGCUGUGUUGUCUUUCAAUCCAUGAUGGUUAUUCUCACUUUUGGUUUCUCACAUCAGUGUUUUUGACGUUCAGCAUACAAAUUCUGUGCAUCUUGUUAAGCAUUCUAAACCAGCAGUGGACACAGGGAGAAAAAUCUUCUCUGCAUCUGUAUAAAACUAGGAAUAUUAAAAGUUCUAUCAGAAAAAAUACUUCUGAACAUGAGGCUUUCUGGAAUGGGAACCACCCAUGGGAGGAGCCACAGCUUGUUAUCCUUAGAAUCACCCAAGUGCUUCCCACUGCGUUCAGGAAUAAAGCUCGGUUUCCACAAGCUCAUCGGAAAUACAGGGGGUCACAAGCACAUAUUUAAUAUAUCUGAUGUCUUUUGAGGCCAUUUCUGUGUGGUCUACUCUUCUAAGUAGACAUCCUUAUUUUUUCAGCUCCUCCUCUUCUCCUCCUUAUUUUUUCUGCUAUGUAUAGCAGAAUUUGUUCUGUUUUGGUUUCCAUGAGAGAGAUCCACAAGGGAAAAGUCCCUUCAUUCUAUUUAUUUAUUUAGUUAGUUAGUUAGUUUUCAUGGACCUGGUACCUUUAUUUUAUUUAUUUAUUUUUACGUGGUGCUGAGGAUCAAACCCAGUGCCUCGUACAUGGGAGGCAAACGCUCUGCCACUGAGCCACAAUUCCAGCCCAAAGUCCCUUCAUUUUGUAGUCAAAGCAAACAACCCUGGUGUGGGGUGAGGCCCUCUGGAGCAAGUGAGAGCCAGGGUCGAGCUGGCCUAAGGCUCAUGCCCUUUCCUGGUGCCCUUUCUCAUACUCUGACAUACCCAUGGAUUCUAAAGCGUUCUUUCCUUUAUGAUGAGUCAUUGUUUCAUCUCAUGUUUUGCAGGGCGCUUUUGGUGACGCUGGAAGGAUGCAGCCACCCGGUUGUCAUGAAGGGCUUGUGUGCGGAGUGUGGCCAGGACCUGACCCAGCUGCAGAGCAAGAAUGGCGAGCAGCAGGUGCCGCUGUCCACAGCAACCGUGUCCAUGGUCCACAGCGUGCCAGAGCUGAUGGUGAGCUCUGAGCAAGCUGAAAAACUUGGAAGGGAAGAUCAGCAAAGACUACAUCGAAACAGAAAACUAGUCCUCAUGGUUGAUUUGGACCAGACCCUAAUUCACACGACAGAGCAACACUGUCCACAGAUGUCAAACAAAGGCAUCUUCCACUUCCAGCUGGGUCGGGGUGAGCCGAUGCUGCACACCCGGUUGCGCCCGCACUGCAAGGACUUCCUGGAGAAGAUCGCCAAGCUGUACGAGCUGCAUGUCUUCACCUUCGGCAGCCGGCUGUACGCACACACCAUUGCAGGCUUUCUAGACCCUGAGAAGAAGCUCUUUUCCCACCGGAUCUUGUCGCGGGAUGAGUGCAUCGACCCGUUUUCUAAGACAGGAAAUCUGCGAAACCUCUUUCCCUGCGGAGACUCCAUGGUCUGCAUCAUCGAUGACCGGGAAGACGUCUGGAAGUUCGCCCCCAACCUGAUAACCGUGAAGAAGUAUGUGUAUUUCCCAGGCACAGGUGACGUGAACGCGCCCCCCGGCCACCGGGAGUCUCAGGCGAGGAAGAAAGCGAACCAUUCUUCUAAAGGUGCCGAUGUCUUGGAACCAGCCCCGCCUGUGAAAGAGCCCGAGGAAGGCAGACCCGUUCCUGGGGCAGAGCGGAGCAAUGGCCUCGGGAAGCCUCCCCGGGAGCUGAACGGCAGUGAGGCUGCUCCGGGAGCGCCUCCCAGCAAAGCAGAUGACAGGGACGCCUGGCCCUGUCCCCGGGCCCCUUGUGGCCGUGAGCUGGCUGAAGCUCCAGAGCCCCAAGCCCAAGCAUCCUGUGAACAGGGAGGUCGGACCUCACCAGGGGCACAGCCCACACAGGGCGCCUCCGGCGCGGAGUUAGAUUUUGACUUGUCCAGUGACAGCGAGAGCAGUGAGUCCGAGGGCCCGAAGUCGUCGUCCUCGACCUCUGAGGGGGAGAGUGAGAGGAGAAGCCGAAAGAGACCUCCAGCUGCCCGCGCUGGAGUCAGAGCCCCCCAGCAGGGAGGUCCGCCUGACGCGGGCGGGGAGAGACUGGCAGGGGCAGGCCCCGGAGAGCCAGGGCCCAGAGUCCACACACAGGACAAAGGGCCAGACCUGGACGUGCAGGAGGAGGGUGAGCGAGAUGGCCUCUGUGGCCUGGGCAACGGCUGUGUGGACAGGAAGGAGGCAGAGACGGAGUCCCAGAACAGCGAGCAGUCGGGUAUCACCGCAGGCGAGUCCCUGGACCAGAGCAUGGAGGAGGAGGAGGAGGACACGGACGAGGACGACCACCUGAUCCACCUGGAGGAGAUCCUGGUGCGGGUGCACAGGGACUACUACUCCAGGUACGACAGGUACCUCAACCAGGAGCUCGCGGAGGCUCCGGACAUCCGCAAGAUCGUGCCAGAGCUCAAGAGCAAGGUGUUGGCGGACGUCGCGGUGAUAUUCAGUGGGUUGCACCCAACCAACUUCCCCGUGGAGAAGACCCGGGAGCACUACCAUGCCACGGCCUUGGGGGCCAGGGUCCUCACGCAGCUGGUGCUGAGCCCCGACGCCCCUGACAGGGCCACCCACCUGAUCGCAGCACGGGCUGGCACGGAGAAGGUGCGGCAGGCGCAGGAGUGCAGGCACCUGCACGUGGUCAGCCCCGACUGGCUGUGGAGCUGCCUGGAGCGCUGGGACAGGGUGGAGGAGCAGCUCUUCCCACUCACGGAGGACGACGCCCGGACGCACAGGGAGAACAGCCCUACAGCCUUUCCUGACAGGCACAGCAUGCUUCCAGCAGCCUUGUUCCACCCCACGCCCGUCCACCCCAAGGCCCAGCCUGGCCCCGAGGUCCGGAUCUAUGACUCCAACACAGGGAAGCUGAUCAGGACCGGUGCCCAGGGCCCGACACCAGCACCCGCCGGCUCCCUGCCUGUCCACGGGGAGUCGUCCUCCUUCAGAGCCGUCCAGCCACAGCAGCCGCAGAUGUUUGGUGAAGAGCUGCCUGACGUGCGGGACGGAGAGCGGCCCAGCCCUGCUAGGAGGAAGCGGCAGCCCAGCAUGUCGGAGACCAUGCCGCUGUACACGCUGUGCAGGGAGGACCUGGAGAGCAUGGACAAGGAGGUGGAUGACAUCCUCGGGGAAGGCAGUGACGACAGCGACAGUGAGAAGAGGAGGCCAGAGGAGCAGGGUGAGGAGCGUGAGGGUGCAGCACGGCCCCGGGAGCCCAAGGCCCCCAGCGCCCAGAGGGGCCCACCGCUGGGACCAGCCUCGUCCAGCGACCGGAGCACGGCGGGCACCCGCGGUCCCAGAGGCCACAAGAGAAAGCUGAAUGAGGAGGACGCUGCCAGUGAGUCCAGCAAGGAGUCCAGCAAUGAGGACGAGGAGGGCAGCAGCUCCGAGGCGGACGAGAUGGCAGCGGCACUCGAGGCAGAGCUGAAUGAGCUGAUGUGACCGGGGCCGCCCCGCCCCAGCCCAGCCCCACUCAGGUCCCUUCUCCAGAGAGACGUAUAUUUUGCGGAGCUCUGCAUACAGAAACACGUUAUUUUGCAGAAAUAGGUGUUUUUAAGAAGUUUUACUAUAGGAAAGUCUACUUUUUUACGUGACGGAGUGCUGCGGGGAGCUGGUGUGCUAUGCCAAAGAGCUCAGCAGAGCCGCGUUGUCGUGCAGCUGGAGUUGGUGGCUUCUGCCACACGGUAGGGUGGGUGUGGGGGACCCGAGGAGACUGGGUGACCGGGUACAGGAGCCUGGUGUCUGGUGCUUCACCACCGGAGCUGUCAGAACGCCAAAGGCCAAGCAGGACAGAGCAGCACGCUGCGUGCAGAACACCGCGGUCACCGGCCUGAGCCCCAGCCAGCCUCGGAGGCCCGGAGUCGGGGCUGCCCUGCUCCCGCCGAGGGCGUCGUGAUGAGAGGACCCCCCUUCUCCUGGGUGGCCUUGUGCUUCUUUGAGAGAUCUGAUGUAGAGUUUUUGUAUAUCGAUUUCAUAUUUGACCCACCAGACAGAUUCUUUCAUUUAAUAAAAACCCGUUUUGUAC